AUGGCCACCAAGGACGACUACUCUGAAGAUCUCGAGAAUGAUGCAGACCUCAUGACCGACUUCAGCGAUGAUGAAUACGGGUACCGACAUGAAGAGGGACACAAUGAUGAGGAGGCUGCGCCAAACAUAGAAGAGAUCCGCGAAGCCGCCGCCGAUCUUUGCAACCAGAUCGGCGAAUAUGACUAUGGAGACGAACACGAUUGGGACGGGGAACAAUACCCGAGAUUAAAACGAUGGAAGCAUCGUCCGCGCGCGCUGGGCUCUCUACGCUCGCUUCGCAAGCUUUGGAAAAUGGACGACGACGAUCCGACACGCAAAGUGGCGCGAGCCUUUGCAGAGAACGAAGUGCUCCAGCACACUAUUCUACCCGCUCUGCUCGAGAGCGCAGGUCAAGGAAAAGAAGGAGAUGCCAUUGCAUUGGCAUGUACCGAUCUUCUCACUGCCAUGACCUGGCCUUUCGACGGCUUAGAAGAGUUACGCGAACAAGAGAAACAAGGUCAUCUUGACCUUGCCGAGCUUUCCGAGAUCACCCUCCUCGACGAACAUCUGGUCAACUACAAAUCCGUUAUCCUGCGCAACCGAUCGCUUGACCAGCAGCACGAUGUGCUCGGUGUGGUCAUGCGCUACCUCUUGCUACCCAACCUCGCAACCAAACAUCAUGAGAGAUCCACUCUCGCUACAGGCAUCAUUAGCAUGUGUCUGCACCUGUUCCGUAACCUGCUUGCCAUUCGCGAUCCGGUCACCACAAGUUUGAGCAGCGUCGAGCGACUCUCGAACGCAAAUUUGCAGAGCGAACUCAUCUUGUCUAUGCACAAACACCAUAUCCUUGAUGCGCUUCUCAUGCUGUCCAGCAGCGCAGAGACGCAGGCUUACAAUGCUUGGAACGCCGUUGCAUCCGAAUGCAUCUUCCACAUCUUCGUCGGCACAAUGGUCAAGACGAUCGCCGAGCCCACCUUCUCUGGCUCUGGUACGAGGAUGUCUCACGACUCGACACCAAAUGCCAGCGCUUCCAAUACAGCAGGCUCUUCAUCAAAUGCAAAUGCAGGGCCAAUCUCUUCUUUGGCCGAGAGUCUAGCGAUGGAAACCAAGUUGAAACGUGCCUCGGCUUCCGGCAAAAUCGCGACGCGCCACUCGCGCUUCGGCACGACCAUCAACUUUGUAGGUCCAGAUGGCGAGCUUCGCGUCGCUCGCAACCAAGCGGCUUUGAUCAAACCGGUGGCUCAGCUUGCUGAUGAGGCAAACCAAAAAGGCCGACGUCGUGCUCAGAGACGCAAAGAUGCGCAAGAGAAAGGCGCACCGAAGCUCAAGUCCAAGUGGACGCCAGAUGCUGCUCUCGUGUUACAGGAAUGGGCCGACACGUUUGUUCAGUCGGGCUUUGAGCCUUUGGCCAAGUCUGUCCUCAAAGAUAUCCGAUCUGAGCGAGACAAACUUGGCGAUUUGGACGUGGCACGUGUUCGCAUCAUGCAACUCGGUGCUUUUUUCCUCGAGUACUUUCUCUUACGUCGCACAACGGCUGCCAAGCGUCGCAAUGCCGCCAAGACGGCGGGAUCCGUCCAAUCAACUUUCGCGCAACGGGCGCUCGAUUUGCAGGAGCCAGAUGAGCAACACGAAAGAAGCGGACAAAGCGCGGAGCAACCCGAAGAGGCCGAGGAAUGGCCUUUUGAGCUCGUCAGCCAAUGGCUCGAACCAUGGGCCUUCCGUAUGGUGCUCGUUCGUACAAUCCAAUCACAAGAAACCAAAGCAUGGCUCGAGUUUGUCGCCUCUGUUCGACUCUGGAUCGUGCUGCUUCGACUCGUCGACGAGCUUGCCAACAGCAAAAAGGAAUCAGAGAGAGAUGUCGCUGAGGGCCUUCAAGCCGAAUUCUACUACAUGGGCGAGACGCUCGAAGCCUGCCACGCCAUUUUUCGAUCGUACACCACGCAGAGCUUUGCCUUUCUCGACGCUAUCAUCGCAUUCGCCUACGUCAUGCCCAAGAUGCUCGAGCGAUACGCGUCGAAUCGCGACCACAUGUACGUCCAGGCCAAGAAGCAGGUGCACCGAUCACGACAGGAUGGCGAUCUGGACACCGAUCAAGACGAAGCCAGGCAGAUCAAGGAGCAGCUCCAAGAGACGCGGUCGGAACGUGAGUUCCGCUUUGCCGACUUCCAACGCAAGCUAGCCACCAAGCAACUCGCCAAAGCCUGCAUCGUCUAUCUAAGGCGCUGGAAGGACAACAAUGGUACGGAGGAUCAACUCAAUGAGCUGGUGACGGUGAUGCAUCGAAUUGCGAUCAAAGCCAACGACUACCGACAAUUUUUCCUCGCAACUCACCGUGACUAUCUACGCUUCAUGAUCAGCGGUGACACCAUUAGCGCGUUUGAAGCGCGUGCACCGACGUCGGCGCCGAACCUGAGGAAGCUAAUUGACUAUAUUCUGCGCAAGUUCAGCAAGUUGAGUCCGGAAGAACAGUCGAUCUACAAUGCUGGCAAGCAGCCUACUCGUCAACCCAAACCGCCAAGGAUGCCUGCAGAGAUAGUUGUGCGACCAGGAAUGACACCCGACCAAGAGAUCGGAGUGGCUGUUGGCUUGUUGCUCAAAAAGGAAAAGAUGCCAGCGGUGCUGUGGAUCAAGUCGGCACUGGAAAUGGCCAGCGCGAUGCGUACCGAACUUGUGUUGCGAUACGAAGAGGAGGAGGCGCAGCGAUCCAUACAAGGCGCAGGUGAUGACAUGAUGCUACUUGGCGAGCUUGAGAAGCACAAUGAAUCGCCCGUUGAGCGCUUCCAGCCGUACGAGUUAGCCUAUCAUGGCAACGACGAGCUUCGCACAGAUGCGUCGUUGAUGCCCGAGCUCAAGUUGCUGUGCCGACUCGUGGGUUUGGAGGCGAACGACAACGAGCUGGUCAAUUGGAGAUGGUCAGUCCCCAAGGAGAUCCUUCCAGUUCACCUUGACCAGAAGAUUGAGACCAUCGAGCGCUACAUUCGAGAGCCGCUCGAUACACACGGCCGAGAGCUCACGGCACUUGUCAUGCGCAUCCGCAAGCCACGGGUGGCAGGCGAGGCAGAUGCCGACGUGCUUGAUCCGGCUGAUCUUCCCGAUGGCUGGAAUGGCGCGCAGAGCGAUUCAGACGAGGAUGGCGACUACUUUGAUCGCAUCCGUGCCAGUCGAAGCCUUGUCAGCGCCGACCAUGUUGCAGCAGAAGGCGGACUGCUUCGAAGGAGCGGUCCCAAAAAGAAGCUUAGCCACCCAACCAAAGGCGAUGGUUCAAGGAAGAAGAAGCAGAUACAACGUAUCAAGCAAGACAUUAUCGACGACAGCGAUGAUGAAUUCGCUUUUGCCUUGGCUGAUCUCCAACCGCAAGCACGGACAGAUGCUGACGCCGACAGCUCCAGCGAUGACAAGGAGGAGGAGGACGACGACGACGAUAACAUGGACGAUCAAGAGACUCCUGCUACAAGCUCAGUUGCCGAUUUGCAAGAGCAGUUCGACCAAGGCAAGUCGAAUGCGCUCGAUGCUUUACGUACCGCCAAGCAGCAACGCAGCAAUACGGAGCAACCGCCUCUGCAGGACGCUGGCGAGCGCAUCAAUCGUCGAAUGGAUACCAAGCGACUCUUUCUCGCCGACAGCGAUGAGGACGAUGACGAUGUGCUGGCGCUCUCAUCACAGGAGCCAGCUGAUAUUUCGGCGACAUCUGACAGGACGGCAACCGGCCCUAGUGUCUGGGCGGGCAUUGCGAAGAAGCGCAGAUUGGCAAUUCUCGACGAUGAAGAUGAAGAUUGA